AUGAAGUCCGAACUUGCUCGAGAUGCCCUCCGGACUCGAUGGAUUAUUCGUUUCAGUCUAAUUACCACACCGUUGACUGCAGCAUUUGGAAUCCUAAGUGGUGUAGCCUUGAGAACCGAGACAGCGCUAAUGGUGCUCGUUCUGCAUGUCGUGGGAGGAUUGGCCAUCACUACUGGCUACCAUCGCCUCUGGGCGCACCGAUCCUACCGCGCCAGCCCUCUCCUUGGAUAUGCUCUUGCUCUCCUCGGCACUGGCCAGGGCCAGUUGAGUAUCCGGUGGUGGGUAAAACACCAUCGCGCACAUCACCGAUAUGUCGACACUGACCGAGAUCCCUACGACGCCCGCCGAGGAUUCUAUCACACCCAUAUUGGAUGGCUUCUCAGCUAUGAUCCAAGCUCUUGGGGGAGGGUAGACGUCUCAGACCUCGACUCGGAUCCCAUCGUGCUAUGGCAGGAGCGAUACUUCUGGUACAUCACUGCGUGUAUGAUGGUUGUAUUCCCUACGGCUGUUGCUCACUUUGGCUGGAAUGAUUUCAAAGGUGGCUUCGUUUAUGGAGCAGGUGCACGCCUCUGGAUCAGUUUUAAUAGUACUUGGUUCGUCAACUCGAUCGCGCACGCCUCCUGGGCUGGAAGUCAACCGUACUCAAGCCACACUUCCGCCCGAAACGUACCGCUUCUAGCGCUCUUUACUGGCGGGGAAAGCAAUCACAACUUUCACCACACGUUUCCCAUGGAUUAUCGCAAUGGGCUGUACUGGUAUGAGUCGGAUAUUUCGAGGUAUUUAAUUGAGUUGUGGAGUAUUUUCGGUCUAGCUUCGAACCUAAAGGCAGUCAGUCCAACGGAAAUUGAGCGUGCUCGACGAGGCCAGAAGCAGAAGCAGCAGCAGCAGCAGCCAGAUACCCUGGAGGAAUCAGACUUUUCAGACUUACCUAGUAUGAGCUGGGCAGAAUUCGUGCUGCAAACGAACUCCGGCUACUGUCUCGUCUGUAUCAGAGGAGUGGUUUAUGAUUUGGCAGAUUUUAUUAGUGACCACCCUGGUGGUCCUGCUCUGAUCCAAGACUUCAUUGGCAAAGACGCAACAGAGGCUUUCUUUACUGAUAACGCCCAUUCUGCGUAUGCAAGUUCUCUCCUCAAGGCCAGGCGGACUGCUCUUGUCACUCCAAGUGAAAAUUCAGGUAGAUGA